UUCUCUCUCACACACACACAGUCGCGCAUGGUCAAAUAUCGACCGUUCGAUCUUUCCUUACUCUCCAAGACGGAGAGAAACAAUAAAUACAAAAUUCCAAAUCAUUACUUCACAAAAUCAAAAAAUUAAGAAACUGGAAAAAUCUCCUCCGCCACAAUACGAUGCCGUCAAACAGCGACACGCCGUCGCCCACGGCCGCCGUCGACUCCACGCCGUUACUCAGCGACCAGAUCUUACGCUCCAGUCCCCAAUUUCUCCGACGGACGCCUAGCCUCCGCGGCGCCGCUCGCUUCCUCCGGCGGGCCAGCAGCCGCGGCCGUGCGAUGCGCGACCCUUCCGUCCGCGUCCGCGAAACUGCCGCCGAGCAAAUUGAAGAACGGCAGAGCGAUUGGGCUUAUUCCAAGCCGAUAGUGAUCCUGGACCUCGUUUGGAACCUCGCCUUUAUCGCCGUCUCGAUUUCUGUGAUGAUCAUGAGCCGCCUAGAGAAGCCUUCGAUGCCGCUGAGGUUGUGGAUUGUUGGAUAUGCCGUGCAGUGCGUUCUUCACAUGGCGUGCGUUUGCGUUGAGUAUAGGAAACGAUAUUCGCAGCGGAAUUCGGAAGGGAGUGAAAGGGGGCAGCCUAGGUAUAGCCGUAAUUACUCUAAUUCAAGCUCCGGAAGUGAUGGAAUGGAGUCUGGAAAUUAUGAUUCCGAGCGCCCGCCGAGUGAUGAUGAAACUAGCGUUACUAAGCAUCUGGAGUCUGCGAAUACCAUGUUCUCGUUCAUUUGGUGGAUAAUUGGGUUCUAUUGGGUAUCUGCCGGUGGCCAAUAUUUGACAAGCGAAGCACCUCAGCUUUAUUGGCUUUGUAUUACAUUUUUGGCAUUCGAUGUGUUCUUCGUUGUCAUUUGUGUUGCUGUGGCAUGUGUCAUUGGAAUUGCUGUUUGCUGCUGUCUACCAUGUAUUAUUGCAAUCUUAUAUGCAGUUGCGGAUCAGGAAGGAGCUACUAAGGAAGAUAUAGACAGACUACCUAGAUACAAAUUCCGGAAAAUUGGCGACUUUGAAAAGCAAAGCGGUGAAAUUCAAGAAUCGUUUGGCGGAAUAAUCACUGAAUGCGACACUGAUUCCCCCACAGAGCAUGUUCUUCCCCUCGAAGAUGCUGAAUGUUGCAUUUGCCUUUGUGCCUAUGAAGAUGGAGCCGAACUUCGAGAACUACCCUGCCGCCACCAUUUUCACUUGCCUUGCAUAGACAAGUGGUUGCACAUAAAUGCCACCUGUCCCCUUUGCAAGUUCAAUAUACUGAAAAAUGGCAACCAAAACGAUAGCGAAGAAGUAUAACUGAGAAAAAAACGCAACUAACAAUCAGACGAGUGCCUAUUGUAGAGCUUCUUUGUCCUGCGUUGAGGUACAAUGUGACAGCUGGCUCGUUCGUGUGCCUAUUUGCAGCCCUUUGUCAUUUUCCAUGUGUUGAUUGUAUUAGUAUGUUUUUACUUUGGUUAUUCUAGAAACCCUCUCGUUUUUGUGCCACGUUAAAAUUGAAAAAAAAAAAUUGGAGUUCGAACUUUGAAACCCGAUUUAAAAACAUUGCAAAUUUCGUUAGUGUUAGGGUGUAUAUGUAAUACUAUCUUGUGUUGUGAUGAUAUUGUGCAGGUGCUGCUAAUGAAAAUACGGUCCGGUGCUAUAUUUUUUGUGACAUUAA